CCUAGUCUUUGAACCUGCCUCACGAACGUCAACUGUGAAUCCUCUCCUCCACUUCCACAACCUCAUCACCAUCAUCAUUACCACAGCAGAACACUGUUAAAAACUCAAACCAAUUUUUUGGCUUUUUCUAUUUAUUUUAUUUUUAUUUUUUUGCCUUAAUCAUAGAGAUCACAGUUUGCUUUCUUUAUAUUGCCCUCCAUCUCCUGGCAGUCUCAACACUGUCGAAUACCGUGAGGGAGUGCUGGAGUGAAUGAGUCUCCUCUCUCUCUUCCUGGACUGAAUUUAUCAUCUGGCCUGUUCUUUUCACUGAGAAUAGCCUCUGUCCUCUCUUCACAUCAUCCCUAAGAACUGACUCGUACCCUUAACUUCUAGAGGGGGGACAACAACUGUCCGCCAUCUUUGUCAGUGCUGCCAAGCAUUAUGGAAACACAGACAGACAUUCACAAUGGCUCUCAAUGUACCUGGUCUGGCGGUGAUGGCAGUGUUCUACCUGGUGAUCCUGGGAACGGGUAUUUGGGCAUCCAUGCGCUCCAAGAAGGAAGAGAAGAAGUGUACAGGAGAUGGCAUGGAGAUAACGCUGCUUGCUGGACGCAAGAUUAACUUGCUUGUUGGCAUCUUCACUCUCACUGCUACAUGGGUGGGUGGAGGCUUCAUCCUUGGUAUAGCCGAGGCCACAUACAACCCAACGAUGGGCGCAGUGUGGGCUCUCAUGCCUGUGCCUUAUGUCCUGACUUUCUUCUUAGGUGGCUUUUUCUUUGCCAAGCCCAUGAGAGAGAACAAGUAUGUGACAAUGAUGGACCCCUUCCAGCAGAAGUAUGGGAACUUCCUAAGCAGUGCACUGAUCUUUCCCGCGCUGGUGGCUGAUGUCCUGUGGGUAGCACGCACACUCGUCAGCUUGGGUGGCACUAUGGCUGUGAUCCUGGACCUGUCCUACAUCUACUCCAUCAUCAUCUCCUCAGUGGUGGCCAUAAUCUACACACUGCUGGGGGGACUCUACUCAGUGGCCUACACAGAUGUCAUCCAGCUCAUCCUCAUCUUUGUCAGUCUGUGGGUGUGUGUUCCUUUCCUCCUGACCAACCCUCACUCUGUGGAUAUUGCUCUCACGGCCUACAACGAGACAUUCCAGGCUCCCUGGGUUGGUACAGUUGAGCUUGAGGAAGCCGGCAAGUGGUUUGAUGACUUCAUGCUGUUGGCUCUGGGUGGUUUAGCUUACCAAGCCUUCUACCAAAGGAUCCUAUCCGCCUCAUCUUACACCCAGGCUCAGGUGACCUGCUUUGCAUCUUCAGCCUUCUGCCUGGUGCUGGGUAUUCCCUCUGUGCUGAUCGGAGCUGUGGCUGCAUCUACAGACUGGAACUCAACUGCUUAUGGGUUGCCCACCCCAUAUGAGCGUGAUCAGGCAGGCUCCAUCCUCCCCAUCGCCCUGCAGUUCCUCACACCACCUUAUGUUUCCGUCAUUGGCAUUGGUGCUGUAGCUGCUGCUGUCAUGUCCUCCAUGGACUCAGCUCUCCUCUCUUCCGCCUCAUUGUUCUCCUCAAAUAUCUACAAGAACAUUAUCAGGAAGCAGGCAUCUGACCGUGAGAUGCAAUGGGUGAUCCGUAUCUCAGUAGUGGUUGUGGGCCUGGCUGGUACUGCGCUCACCUUCCUGGACAGCAGUGUCUUGGUCUUCUGGCUCGUGGGUGUGGACAUGUCCUACACCAUCAUGUUCCCUCAGCUGGUUUGCAUCCUCUUCUUCAAAGUAUCUAAUGGCUAUGGUGCCACUGUGGGCUACAUGAUGGGAAUCAUCAUGAGGGUUCUAAGCGGAGAACCCCUCAUCGGCCUCCCACCUGCCAUCCGCUUCCCUGGCUGUCGGCUGGAUGAUGAGGGAAAGUUAACGCAGUUCUUCCCCUUCCGCACCGCUAUAAUGCUCAUCUCGCUUGCAUCCAUCCUGCUCUUCUCCUGGCUGACCUCCAUAAUUUUCAACAAGGGCUUGCUGUCUGAGAGAUGGGAUGUGUUCAAGAUCAAACGCAAGCAGAAACCAACCGGCAGAUCUGCAGGAGAGAAGAGCAACUGUGAUCACAACGAAAGUGCUGCAUCCAAGCAGCUCCUGGACACUACCAGCUGUUAAAGAAGCUCAGGCACAGGGAGAGAAGAUGGGGGGCUGAAUGGAGGCAGACAUAUAUGUUCGCCUGCAAAGCAGGAGUUUACAGAGGGGGAACAACAGCAAGGGCUGGACAUUAAGUAAGGAUCCUGUGGAGUAUCACAGUGAAUUUGAGGCAUGACUUAAAAAAAAAAAAACAUUGUGAUUUGAACUCUCUGGCACCCUGCAAUACUUCAACAGUUGCCUUAAUAUCACAUAUUUUAGUAGCCAGCAUAGCAUAGAGCCAAAUUAAUUGCGUACAAAGAGACAUGGCCCAUGCAACAAAUUUUGUUGCCUCUAUCAAAAAAGUGCCAGAGUCUGUAUUACAUAGCAAUCCUACUUCACUAAAAUGGAGACGUCCAUUUAAAGAACCCAGAGGCAGGUUCUUCCAUCAAGCCAUUUAUAUUAAUUUAAUUUGAAAGCAAAUUAUUGACAAUAUAACAACUUUUACCUCUUGUUCAUUAGAUACUGAAUAAAUACCCUUGUACAUUUGUACAUAGUUGUAAAAAUAUUAUUUUACAAAAAUUGAUACAUCUGAAACACCUAUUUUUUUCUCAAAGUCCUGAAUUCAGUUUACAAAAAACAGCUGCACUUUGAAAACAUUUUAAGGCAAAAACACUUGCACAAUAAAUGGACUCCAUCCUAAAAGACCAGUCAGUCCAACAAAAUGUUGCUAAAAUAGGUUACAGUACACCCAAAAGUGUGUAUUUAUUUAUUCAACUGUGCUUUUUCUAAAAGGAAAGGCAUCAGACUGUUGUCACAAACCUAAGAAAAAACAGAAACCACUUUGUCUUUUAGGGCAAAGUCAUCGAUUAGCUCGGCCCAAUGUCAGUAGCUGGAAACAUGAUGGAACCACUGCAUCGCAUGUGUACCUACCUUCUGUCUCACCGUGUAAACCUUUACAAACAAUUUGUGACCAGAUGCAGCACGAUAGGGUUUUCCUGUGCACCAGAACAAAGAUGUGCUACCAGGUGAACAAAGAGCAGGCGCAUGGUCUGCACUCUCCACUGUUACAUUUAUGAAAUUGUUUAUUAUGUAACAGUUUAUUUGAAUGUGAUCUUAUCUCCUCUGUUCUGUAGUUGAGCAGCUGCCUUGUGAUCUACUUUACAGAAAAUGGUCAUUCUUCUCAACUUGCAAGCUUUCUUUCAAUAAUUAGUUUUGAACUUCUGUAAUGUUCUUCAUCCAAAGAAUCAUUUCCCACUAUUCUGAUAUUAUUUUUUUUAAUCUUUAGACAUUUUUGCAGCAGUUCACUCUCUUUUUUUUUUUUCAAUUUUAAACUGGUUUUUAAGCUUUUAAAAAUUAAUCUGUACGCAAGAAGACAACAACCAGAAUUGUGUGAUAGUAUCUAAAAUGUGAAGUUUUACAGUUACAUUUGAACUUUUACCUUCACCUUUAAAAUUCUGCUUCAUAGAUAUCAUCGGCUUUUACCACACUGUGACAAAAGUAUGAAACCGCCCAGGUACCGAUAACUAAAGUGUCCCACCUUGUUUGACUGCUUGGAGUUCAGUUGCAGUGCAAUGCUUCGUGGCUGUGCUGUGGUUCUACGGACAACAGAAAAAAAUAAGCACCUAUUUGAAGUGAACAACAGUGGCACAAACACUAUUUCAUGCUUCUUUAACACUCAAAAUGUGUUGUGUUUUUUUGUUCUUUUGCCAAUAUUGUUUUGUUGUGAAUCGCACACAGAAAAAUAACCGCUGUGUUCCAGAGUUGCUGUGGGCCCAUUUCCCAUGUCCACUAAUUACAAGCAUGUUCACUCACUGAAUGUAGCGGUUUUGUACAACUGCACGGAGAGAAGGCAAACUAGACAUCUCUCUUGUUUUCCUCAUCCAUUCCUCCUCCUCAAUUUUUUCUCCUUCCAUGUGGAAAGGAUUUAGAGAAAUUUGCUUUACAGUUUGUUUUUGUACUUAUUGUACUUUUUUCUUGGUUAUAUAUUGUAUGCAGUGCUUGAGUUUACAGUGGGAUCAUUUCUUCCUCUGAAGUGGUGAAAGUUUGCAGCUAGGAUUCUAAGAAUUUUGACUACAAAUUUCAUCCCCCUUAGUUUGAAUUCACACACAGAUUGGCAAGACAUUUUUAACUUAGGUUAUACUGAACCUGCAUACUAGCUUGUUGUACAGAUUCCUGCUCAUGAAUAGUGAUGGUCAGAUCGCUGUCUUCUACCAUACUGUUGCUUUUACUAUCACUGGAAACCGGUUUCACUCUGCUGUCAGCCGUUAAUGCUGAACAUCAUAAAAAUAGGUGUGUACUUUAGUCACUGUUCAAAUACCUCAUGGAGUGGUAAUGUUGUCUUUAAGUAUACCAGAUUUUUACCUAUGAGUCAGACUUCUAUCCAAAGCAUACUGUAUGAAUGUCAGAUAGCCUGUCAAAGACUGAUCAUGCAGAACAAACUGUGCCUCCAGACAGAAUGCAUGCAAGACACAAGGCAGGGAUGGUUUUGUAUCUGUGAUUGUAAUUUCUACCUGUAUUAUUCUCUUUUACUGUACUAUCUAAUCAUGAUUUGUAUAUGUACUCUUUUUUU